AUGGCAUCCCUAAUGGUGAGAGUGAGACGGCUGGUUCAGUCCCGGGCAAACGGAAUAUUCUCCCACCGGAGCUUCUCAUCGCCGGCGCACCCGAUCCCCGUCACCCUCAUCCCCGGCGACGGCAUUGGCCCUGAGAUCGCCGACUCCGUCAAACAGGUGUUUACAACCGCCGAUGUGCCAAUUACAUGGGAAGAACAAUACAUGGGCGAGGAGAUAGAUCCUCGUACACAAAGCUUUCUGACACGGGACAAUGUAGAAUCCGUGAAGAAAAACAAAUUCGCUUUGAAAGGGCCAAUGACUACACCAAUCGGAAAAGGCUUUCGAUCUCUCAAUUAUCUCACUAUGAGGAAAGAGCUCAAUCUUUACGCUAACGUUAGACCUUGUUUUAGCCUACCCGGCUACAAGACGAAAUACGACAAUGUCGAUCUCAUCACUAUUCGCGAAAAUACCGAAGGUGUUGUGGAAAGUCUAAAGAUUAUUAUUACACGACAUGCGAGUCUUAGAGUUGCGGAGUAUGCUUUUCGGUACGCAAAGGAACACGGUCGAGAAAGAGUAUCUGCUAUACACAAAGCCAAUAUCAUGCAGAAAACUGAUGGUCUUUUCCUUAAGUGUUGUAAGGAGGUAUCAGAGAAGUAUCCAGAGAUAAAAUACGAAGAAGUUGUGAUUGGCAACUGUUGUGUCGUGCUUGUGCAGGAUCCAUCGUUAUUCGAUGUUCUGGUGAUGCCCAAUCUUUACGGUGACAUAAUCAGCGAUCUUUGCGCUGGUUUGAUCGGAGGAUUGGGAUUAACUCCGAGGUGUAUAUAUGUAGAAUAUAAUAAGGCGAAUCCGACGGCAUUACUUUUGAGUGGAGUGAUGAUGUUGCGGCACAUGGAUCUUCAUGACAAAGCUGAUCGAAUUCAAGAAGCUGUUUUUAAGACGAUUGCGGAAGGCAAGUACAGAACAGAGGAUCUUGGCGGUAAAUCUACUACAACUGAUUUCACCAAAGCGAUUUGCGAUCAUCUUUAAUUUGAGUACUGUUGAUCUCAAUAAUGGUACGUUUAUUUAUCGAAUGGGUACUUUUGAUUUCUGCAACAUUUCGUUGCCAUGCAAAAUGACUAGUAAGUUUGGUGCAUCUCAUUAUAUAUUCGUGUUCCUAGCUUGAAUAGUUUGUACUAUAGUAUAUAUAGAGUGGAUACUUUGAGCAAAAAAGAACAACACAAAAUUGAUGAAAUGCAGUUGUAAUUCAUACAAGA